AUGGAGCAGAACAAAAAGAGUGACGCGCCGGUGGCGGUGGCGGCUCCGGCAAUCGAGACAAGAAGAGAAAUCAAAGAUCCUUAUACUAAAACACGUGUAUGGCUCGGCACAUUUGAUACCCCGGAGGAAGCUGCCAGAGCCUAUGAUGCAGCAGCAAGGGAGUUUCGCGGUACAAAGGCCAAAACCAAUUUUCCUCGGACGCUGACGCCGUUAAAUCUCAGCAACCACGGCGGUGGAUCCUCCGUUAGUACUGCUGCGAGUUUCACGGAUCUCAAGCGAAACAAUCAAUCUCGCCGUUUUCCUAUAACCGGAGUUUCUGCUCCGACGGCGGCGCGUGAUUAUCGUUAUUGGGAGGAUUUAACUGCAGCGGAAGUGAGUAACUGCGAACCGAGUAGUCAAAAAGGGACGGUGGCUUUCUUAGGUGGGGGUGAUAGCGUGAGUGGGUAUCCGACACAGAGUGAGUCUGAGUCAUUGUCCAUGUUCAGCUACAGCUUUAACCAUGUAGAGAAAUCGACCAUCGCCACCAACGUCGGAGAACAUGUGAAUGGCCGUCUAUUUCUCACUACGAAUUUUGUAUUCAUCUCCGUUUCUUGA